GUGGAAUGAAUGCCUGAUAUAUGACUAAUUUGGUUGAGAGCUCUUCUCCAUUGGGAAGCCCUAUUCGGCUCCCUAUCUUCGUGCUUUUGAAAGGCAGCCGCGAAUCUUCCUUUCUGGUGUCUCACGUCAGAAGGAUCGACUCUGUAGAAGAUGGGAACCACAUGAAUCCGAUUCACGCUAUGAAGCUCCAUUAUCAAUCGGAGCUCCUCCAAGCACCAUUGCGAGGUAGCAUAGUUCUCCGAGAUGAAGACAACAGCGACCUGUGAAGUUUUUAUGGCUUCGAUGAGCCUUUCCUUAAUUUCGGAUCCUGCCCCGAUCCCCUGAUCGUCUUUAUAAGUAAGAAUUCCCUGGCGUAUAAGAUCUUUAUACAAAAAGCUGACUACGGUGCGCCGAGUGUCUUUCCCUCUGAAACUGAGGAAGACAUCAUAGUUGCUCCUAACAAGAGUUGACAAGGACGAGGAAGCCAUCACCGAAUAUUAUGGCGUUUGAGACUUAUAAGAGAGCUAUCUAUCUGAAAAAUUGGAAAAUUAUUUGUACUCUUCUAUAUAUGUUAGAAUUACUGGGGGUUGGAUUCUAGCUAGCCCAGGAAAGAGUGCCAAGGUCAGCGUUUACUUUCACAUUAAUCCAACUUGACCACUUCCCUUUUAUGUUUUAAUGUACCCAAUUGAACUGCCUUGCACGUUCAACAUAAGAAAUUGUAUUUUGACGCAGCAAUUUCAUAUUUAAAAAAAUCCAUCGUUUACUAUGUCCAAGUAGGGGAUCUUCUUCUGUUCCGAAGUGUGUAUCUCCCCGUCGUAGUCUCUGAAAUUCUCAUCUCUUCAGCGAAAGACAAUCUACACAACCUUUCUUAAUGUCUUCCUCUUCUUCAUCUCUUAUCCCCAAGUUUGAUGUCUUCCUAAGUUUCAAAGCAGAAGACACCACCAACAUAUUUGUAUCAGAUCUUCACCGUUCGUUGUCAGAAAAAGGCAUUACAACUUAUCAAAAAGAUGAAAAACAGGAGGAGAAAGACUCCUCCGUUGUUUCUGACCUAAAGAAAUGUAUCAUAGAGUCAAAACUCGCCGUUGUAGUGGUCUCAAAGAGCUAUCCAACUUCUGUUCUAUGCCUCAACCAGCUUCAAACAAUCAUAAACUUUCACGAUGAAGGUCAACUCUCUGUCCUACCCAUCUUCUACGGAGUUGAUUUGUCGAAUAUAAGAAAUCAGACUGGAGAAUACACAGAAGCUUUUAGAAACCUUGCUGAAGAAUUUUCACCUGAGAAGGUUCAAGCAUGGAGGAGUGCUCUUGCCAAACUCACCAGUGUAUCUAGCCUGGAUUCACGUUUUUGGAGCAAAGAAGAGACGAUGGUAGAUUUGGUUACGAAUGAAAUCUUGCUUAUGGUUUCAAAUAAGCCGAAUAGUCCAUCAACAACCAAAGCAGAUGGACAUGUCGCAUUGGAUCGUCAUAUGCAAGCGAUAUAUUAGUUACUGGAUUUAAAAUCUAACAAGGAAGUUCGUUUGGUCGGCCUUUGGGGUCCCGGAGGCGUUGGCAAGACGACACUAGCGAGAUACGCGUACGAAGAACUGUCUACCAAUUUCCAUGUCCGUAUGUUUUUAGACAACACCGAAAAGAUCUAUCACCAAGACAAUCGGGAAACAUUCACAUCAAGAGAGACUCGAGAGGGGUUUCAAAAGCUGACAAGGGGAAUAAAUGAGAAAAGUACUGCAGGUGUGAUCAAAUCAGCAGUUAGACACCGAAAAGGUCUACUUGUGGUUGACUGUGUGGAUAAUAUCGAACAGUUAAAGGACAUAGCAGAGAUCGUUCGUUGGUGUGGUUCAGGAAGUAGAAUCAUCCUUAUCGCACAGGACGAGAAUUUGUUAGAUAAAUUUGGUAUGGAGCAUGUCUAUGAAGUGUCCCUGAGAUACGACGAAGCCCUUCAAAUCUUCUCUCAAUCUGCCUUCAAACAGCAACACCCUCCUACCAGUUUUGAAUCACUCUCCCUUCGUGCUAUCCAGAUUGCCAGUUUCCUUCCUCUGACUCUUAAAAUUCUCGGUUCGUUUUUACAUGGCAAGGAUGAAAAGAGUUGGGAGGAGGAGCUGCAAAAUCUUGAAGGAGACCAAGAGAAAACUAUAAUGAAAGUUAUGAAGAAAAGCUACAAAAUCGAAAAUGAGAAGGAGCAAAUCUCUUCAUUUAGUGAUGAUUAUAAGGAAAAAUUCACCUGAAAAGAAAAGGUGUUUGCUUUUUCAAAUGUGAACAUGUGAUAGAUGUAUUUUCAUAAUGUUUGAUGUAGCAUUUUCACUAUAAAAGCGAACU